GGGGCGGCGGGGAGGAGGGUCCCGCGGCGGCGGCGGCGGCGGCGGCAGCGGCGGCGGCGGCUCAGGUGAGCCUCGGCGGCACAGUGCAUAUUGAGAAAUGGAUGACUUGGAGUCGAACUUCAACCUGAAGAUCGUCUUAGUCAGUUUCAAGCAGUGUCUCAAUGAGAAGCAGGAGGUGCUGCUGGAUCACUACCUCGCCGGCUGGAGGGGGCUAGUCAGGUUCCUGAACAGCCUGGGUGCCAUCUUCUCAUUCAUCUCUAAGGAUGUCACAACAAAGUUGCAGAUCAUGGAGUGUCUGCGCGGUGGCCCACAGCGGGAGCACUAUAGCAGCCUGCAGUCCAUGGUGGCCUACGAGGUGAGCCACAAGCUGGUGGACCUGGAGCGGCGCUCCCGCCACCCUGACUCAGGCUGCCGGACCGUGCUUCGGCUGCAUCGUGCCCUGCGCUGGCUGCAGCUCUUCCUGGAAGGCCUGCGCACCAGCCCCGAGGAUGCACGCACGGCUGUGCUCUGCACCGAGUCCUACAAUGCCUCUCUGGCCGCAUACCACCCCUGGAUCAUCCGCCGGGCUGUCACUGUGGCCUUCUGUACGUUGCCCACACGGAAGGUCUUCCUGGAGGCCAUGAACGUAGGGUCCACGGAGCAGGCUGUGGAGAUGCUGGGUGAGGCCCUGCCCUUCAUCGAGCAUGUCUACAACAUCUCUCAGAAACUCUAUGCUGAGCAUUCUCUACUGGACCUGCCCUAAGAGCUGGUGGGCUGGGUGGGGCAGGGUCUCCCAUCCAGAGCUGGCCUGGGGCAGCCAGCACCCAGAAGUCCCACCAUGGAGACCUAUGGGUGUCCCAGGAACAGGAAGAACACUUUCUUCUGGGCCGUGCUUCUGGCCUGUGGCACCUGGCCUGAGAAAAAGAAAGCAGGCCCUGGCAACCUGCUCCUCCCUGGCCACCGUGCUCUGCCCAAGGGCAUCCUUGCUUUUCCCUCAGCCAAGUUACACAGAUGUCCAAUCAGGCCUCACCCAGACGGGUGAAGUGCAGAGGCAGGGCGGGGAAGGGGCGGGAUCGACAUUCAUGCAAAACCUGGAGAAGCUGCCCCCUGCCUGGGAGCCAAGUGGUGAAGGUCCUUGUGGCACAGACUGCAUCCCUCCUGCCAGCAAACACACUCAGCAGGAACUGGCCCACCUCGGUGUCUGUGCCCAGGUGCCCCGGGUCCUCCAUACAGGGAUGGCCGUCCCCAGGACAGGGAUAGAACCCCUGGGCACCAGUUGGCAGUGUAGACUCUCUCCCUGCCCCUCACCUCCUUGUUAGUCAGGGGCCCACAUGUCCUUAGCAGCCAUAGUCAGGCACUGAAGCCCUGAGCAGAGCCUGCCCUGCCUCUCUCUGCACUCUCAUCAGCUGCCCCCUGCAGCCACCCUGUCAGUCGGGUGCUCCUCCACCCAGGGGCUCUGCACUGCCCCAGAGCUCUAGCGAGCCCACAACUGUGCCAGCCCAGUGCUAGCCUUGCCCUCCCCGUCAUCCAACAAAAUGCCAGGUUCCCUCCUUGCUGGCCCUUGCUGCCCCAGCCCCACAGAGCUCAUGAGGCCCAUGAUGAUAUGCACACACAGAGAGACUAGACCCUUUUGUCCAGCUGACAGGCCAGCCAUCGCCCAGCAUUUGGGGGCCUGGCCUCUCCUACUGGCUCUUCACCGUGCUCAGGCCCCUUGACCCCAAGGGGACCAUAUCCACCAUGCAGCAGAUGUGCGCAAGUAUGAGCUUGCAGAGACCCUGGGAAAGUGUAAUCGGGUGAUGGUUUUUCCAACAUCAAUAAAUUCCACUUACAAAACAGGCA